AUGUUGGAAUUAAAGGUGGAGAAACCAUUGAAUAUUUCCGUUUACAGCCCUGAUACGAAUAUAUUAAAUACUAAUUUAAUAGUUGCCGUACAUCCAAAGACUACCAUUCUUAGAUUGUUACAAUAUGUGCACUAUCAACUAUCACAAAUCCAUUCCGAGAAUAACGAUGUUGAGCUAAACGACAUAGAGUCCUACUGUUUGAAAUAUAUGAAACGAACGAUUUCUUUAGACACAUCAGUAGAGUCACUAACCACAACCGAUAAUAUACCACACAUAUCCUUAUCAUUCGAGUUGUCAGAGGCCAAAGCCUUUAGUGCUUUAAAUUUGCAAUAUGAUCCCGUCACUGAUUUUAGCACUACCAACAUUAAAUACGAGGUGAAUAUUUUAUCCAAAUAUAAAUUUUUUCAUAAUAUAGAAUACCAAGUUCCAUUAGAUACAAAAGUGUCAAGAUUGGAGAAAAAUGCAUUGGAACAUUUGAUAUACGAAGAACAAUUUUUAAAUCAUGAUAAUAAAUGUCACUUGGGUCAUAAUCAUACUUUGGAGAGUUUUGUUGCUUUAAAAUUAAAUGGUGAAAGUGACAUUAUUCAACUAACAGAAGAAACGAGAUAUUUUUAUAUGGAUCUUACUCUAAAGGAUCUAUUACACAUUGAUUUUGCACCUUUGAAGGAUAAUGUAAUUACAAUAAUGAUCUAUGCCAAACAUGAACAAAGUAUUUCUGAUUUGAAUGAUAUUACUGUGUUAGAAUUGAUUUCUAAUUCCAAAUUGUUUCAAAAUCAUAUGUUAGUAGAUUCAAGGACCACAGUUACAGGAGUACGUCAGUUUGUAUGUGAUGUAUAUAGUGCUUCACAAACUAUUUCCUUGGAAGAUGUGAAAUUAGUAUAUAAGGGUCAAUUAGUUCACGAUAAGAAUUUUGCUGAAAAUGAUGCCACUAUACUAAGUUACAUUGAUAUGAAACAUGGUUCUCAGCUUCACGUACAAGUGAGUGUACAACAGACGUAUGGUCAAACUGAUCCAUUUUGGAGUGAACCUGGUCUUGUUGAUGAUAUACCCACACAAGUACAUCAAAAGCCUGUUCCAACACCGACAGUGAACGAAAUUCCAAGAUUAGAUACUCCGAUAGCUCUGAAUACCAAUGAGGGGAUGCAAACACACUUUGCCACCGAAUCAGGUAGACCGAUACAUGUGUCACCACACCUUCUAAAUACUGACACUCAAUACGUCGAAGCUACUUUAGAAGAUAUAAAUGGAAAUUCUGAAGCAGUAUUGAUUUCAGGUGAGGUCUUAAACAAGACACAAGGAAACAUCCUUAUUGGGGAUCAUUUGAAUAUAGAUGUUUCCACAGAUGGUCAUGAUUACAUCAUAGACAGGAGACACAAUGUUAUAAGAAUAAACCCCCGUACCAUUGAACACAUAGAACAACUCACAGGUAGUUCCAUCAUUUAUCAUGGGGUGACAAGAAAAUCUUCCUCAGAUUCAAACACUGGAAUUACCACCAGAAUGAGAGAAUUGUUAAAUAAUGAACUUAACAAUCCUGAAACCAUUCAACGAUUGGAAUCAUUAUUUAAUCAUCCAACUCCAUUACAACAGUUCCAGGAAUUAUCUAUAUGGCAAAAAAUGAUUUAUUUGGUUAAGAAAUUGUUUCAAUUGGUAAAAAUUUGUUUAUUGACUGUGGUAUAUUUAGUAUGGUAUAUGUUUAUUCCCUUAGCUGCUACUAUCGAAAUUGGCUUUUUCUUACCCCCAAUCUUAACAAUAUCAAUCUUUGUCAUCUAUACUGUUGUGAUAUUUUUCCGUUCAUCAAAGAUUACCGAUAUGUGGACAGAUUUCUUGGGAUUAUUAAGAUUAAAUGAAGAGGAUUAUAAGAGGGUGAAACUUUUUGCAUUACCUGAGUAUACAUCCAUAAGGACAUUGAGACACGAGGAUCGUACUAAUACUAGUCAAAUGACCAAAAAAGUAUACGAAAAGAUUCAAGAAAAAUCUUCAGUGUAUUCUUUAUUCUUAUUACCUGCUUUAGCCAAUGUGCGUCAUUCAUUAUACAACCAAUAUCAAAUCAAUCAAAUGGGUAAUAUGACUGAGGAGGAUUCAUUAAAAGAGUUAUUCCGUCAAAUCAAGACCGGUGCAGUUGAAAUCAAUGAUGCAAAUAGAAUGUUAGAGAUUCUUUUCAUGCUCCAUGAAUUACAAGCAUUUGAAGAUACCAAACAGGAGUACGCUUUCUAUAGAAUAUUAACUGCGAUCAAACAAGAAGCUGACCUUCAGAAUCUUGAAGCUGUAGAGCCAGUCAGACGUAGUAUCAUCAUAGUGAGAAGAAGAGCAGAACAAUUACCUAACACGAUUGCUGAAUUCAUUGUUCCAGACCCACUCAGAGAUGACUACGUGAUUGCUGUUGUUAAGAACAUUAUCCUAUGUCUCGUGUUAUUCUUCCCAUUUGUAUCCAAGUACAUUGACGUUGUCAUUCAGGAACGAGUCGAUGAACGUACACGGGUCAGACUACAACAGGCCCGUGAACAGCAGGAACAAGAACAAGAAUUAGACGGAAUAAGGUCUGGUCAUGACAACGCUUUCAAUACCAACGAGGAUCAUGAAAGUAUCACUGAAUUAGACUCCACUGUCCUCGAAGAGAUAGCACCUGAGUUUGGAGAACUUGAUAGUAUAGGGGAACUCUCCCCAGAGGAAGAGAUCAUUGAAGAGAUGCUUACGAACAGUGAUGGAGGAGAUGAUAUUGUGAAUGCCACAGGUGCCAUGUUCCAUACACAACCAUAA